AUGGCUGCUUCAGUGAUGCUUUCGUCGGUGACAUUGAAACCGGCAGGUUUCACGGUGGAGAAGAUGUCGGCGAGAGGAUUACCGUCGCUCUCAAGAGCCUCUUUCAAAAUCGUCGCGAGCGGAGUCAAGAAGAUCAAAACCGACAAGCCCUAUGGUGUUAACGGAAGCAUGGACUUACCUAACGGCCUCGACGCCUCCGGCAGAAAGGGCAAGGGAUACGGUGUUUACAAAUACGUCGACAAAUACGGAGCUAACGUCGAUGGAUACAGUCCUAUUUACAACGAGGACGACUGGUCACCGAGUGGUGAUGUGUACAAGGGAGGAGUUACCGGAUUGGCGAUUUGGGCGGUGACACUCGCCGGAAUUCUCGCCGGAGGAGCUCUUCUUGUGUACAACACCAGUGCUUUGGCUCAGUAA